GAUAACGGUAGUCGGGUUACAGGCAACUUGGUGAAUUGGUCAGUCACCAUGGAGUCCGCCGACGUUCUGAUGGAGGAGAAGAAGCUCAUGGCCGAGGCAAAGUAUCGUAACUACAUGUCGAACAUCGAUAAGGCAUUGCGGAACUUUGAAUAUUCUAGCGAAUGGGCGGAUUUAAUUUCCGCACUGGGUAAAUUAAGUAAGGCCAUUUCCAGCAAUACACAAUACCAAAUUAUACCACGGCGAAUAAAGAUUUCAAAACGUUUGGCCCAAUGUAUGCAUCCGGCCUUACCUUCUGGUGUCCACUUGAAAGCAUUGGAGACAUAUGGAGUUAUAUUUGGAAAGACUGGACCAGAGCGAUUGGCGACAGAGCUUUUCAUUUAUAGCUCCGGUCUAUUUCCCCUGCUGGGAUAUGCUGCCAUGAACGUCCGCCCAGCCUUGCUGGGUAUAUAUGAAACCUACUUCGUUCCGCUUGGAGAAAAGUUGCGUCCAGCAUUGAGCGGAUUUUUAAGUGGAGUUCUACCAGGUUAUGAAUGCGGUUUGGACCAUUUCGAACGCACCAGUUCUCUAUUGACACAAGUUUGCCAGGCCGUUAAUCCUACACACUUUUAUACCGUCCUCUGGGAAUGUGUGGCCACCAAUGCACCCGUUCGUCUGCCAGCCAUUACGUAUUUGUUGGAACACUUCAAUAAGCGCAUGAGUAUGCAAGAGCAAAUCUACGUAAUGGGUCACAACCGAGAUAUAAUGAUGUCCGGUCUAUGUGCCUGCCUCAACGACAAUGUAAUUUUGGUGCAACGUAACACAUUGGAGUUCCUCCUUUUGGGAUUUCCAAUGCAUACAAAACUGUUGUCCGAAUCAGAUCUGGCCAAACUGGUGACAAAUGCUCUAAAUACCAUACUGAGAAGAGAUAUGUCUUUGAAUAGACGUCUAUAUUCAUGGUUAUUGGGUUCGGAAAUAUUGAAGAACUCACCAACAUAUGAAACGGAACCAUCGCUACCACUACCGACCACCGAUGGAGGAGAUGGUGGGGAAAAACAAACAGAAUCUUAUUUUGAAAAACACUCAAGACAUGUCGUUAUCCAGGCCAUAAUUACAACCUUGAAGUUUAGUUUGGAAUUUACACCUGUUGACUUGAAACCAUAUCGGAUUAUGGUCUCUCUAUUGGACAAGGCCGAAAUAGGCAGCGCUGUCUUAGAUUAUGUCCUGUGCGACAUCAUACGCACCAUGUCCUUAUCGAUAGGUAAUGUGGAAGUUAUAAAAUCGUCCAAUUUGCUGUUUGCUACGUUCGAUCCUGCAUACAUAUGGACUUUCAUGACAACUAUGUUUGAAAAGGCUUGCAAAAAGACGAAACAGUCCCCAUCAUGUUCCGAUAAAGUUAGGAAAUCAUACAUUCGUUCGAAUAGCAAUGGCAGUAGUGGUGGUGGAGGAGAACAACGUUUCCAGUGCAUUGUUGGAUCUGGAGAUCCCAGUCUAGUGGAAAUUUGUUUCCUAACUGAAUUUCUAUUAGAGACCAUCUCCCUAGAGAUGUACAAUGAGACCACACGCAUCUAUUUGCCCAAAGUAUUUCUGGCUAUAACACAAAUGCUGACAGUGCACCUAGAAAAUUUAAACGACGAAGAGGUUAUUGCAUCUCUAAAACUCUGCAUGAAAAUCGUUUCCAGAGUGCAACCAAUGAUAACGAGUCCAAUUAAACUUAUGCCACGUUCACAACAAAACAAAUCAUCAACUGAUGACAAAAAUUCUAACAGCACCGCAAGAUCACAGCCAAUUUCUGCAUUGAUAGGUGCCAAUGCACUGGAGAAGAGUAAAUCCGACUCUAAACUUGACCAGUUUGCCAAUCAGGAUGGCCACUCUCACACGAUGUCCCUAAAUAAUGACGAAGAUAAUAUCCGACGGUGCAACUCCAACCAACACAUGGAACGAAAAAGUCCAACCAAAAAGAAAAAGGCUAAAUCCUUCUCUAAACUCUCAGAGUUGGACAAAGAGAUUUGUCCCGAUACGGGUGAAAUUAUAGAUCCACGACAAUCAUCAUCCGAUUUGGAUACUCCAAUCAGUAUAAAGAAAAUUAAAGCAAAGGGAAAGCAGGCUCAAAAUCGCUUACGCAUGAGUCCAAAAAAAUCGAGACCCCAUGAAUUGGUAUUGUCGGAAAAUAAACAGCUCACUACAGGACCAGACACACAUUCCAAUAACGAUAGCAGAUUGGAUACACCUGUUGGCGGCGAAUAUCAAGAUGAUGAACCUAAAAGUGCUCCCCUAGAACAACUAUCUAAACAGCAUGCCGAAGGUUUCGUUUUCAACUAUCAAGAUGUAAACAAGCCGGAAGACGAAGAUAUUCAGGACUCCAGCAACAACUAUAUGGCCACAGCAUCCAUACUGGAGAAGUGUAUCAAACAGUAUGAGGUAUUUUUUGAAGUGUACAUCAGUCAUAAAGUGCUCGACAUGAAUCAGCAGCAAACGCCAGUAGAUGACAACAAGUGUCCGAUUAAAGUCCAAGUAGAGAAACAAGAAACUCUGGACGAAGCACAGAAAAUACCCAAUGUAGAAAACAUAUUCAAACAUGAAAAUGUCUACGAGGACUUGAAUCCGUGUAGACUACUCGACAUCGACAAUCUGUUCGAAACUUUGAAAAUUCACAUUGUUAAUCGGUCUAAACAGUUGCAUUCAUUGUUGAAUCGUUCGCUGAUUGUCGAUGGUCAAUCGGAGAAUACUGAUGGCAGUGAAGACGGAGAAGAGGGUACAAUAUACGAGUUAGAUGAUGUAACCAAAAAACGUUUACAGUCAAUAUUGGAUUUGCAGUUGGUUCCGUCAUUGCGACAAGCUAUAAAGCUCUCGGUUAAUCUUUUAGUCGAAAUGUCAACCUUCCCAAAUUGCAACAAAAAUAUAACACUAGAGAAAGCGGAAAAGGAAUUACCCAGUUGGUUAAAAGUUCUUUGCAUCGUUGCUUGCUACAGCCAAAACGACAGAGAGUUGCAAUUGUCGGCUAUUACCACAUUAUUCGACCUGAUAAGUUUACUAAAAUCGCAAAUAGAACACACAACCAGUCCAGGUGUGACAUACGUAGUUAUGCUACCUUUACUCAAAUUCGGCCAUGUUCACUAUAUAGAGCGCCGCACACGAGUGUUCCAGCUGUUGACUUCUAAUCUAUGGGACUAUCUGGGGGAAAUUGAUGUGGACAAUACACAAGUCUGUGCUUUGCUUUAUCAACUGCAUAAUUGCCUCGAAAGUGGCCUUGUUGAGCGCAUCAUCGACAAUCGAAUGUAUUCCAAGACCAUGCAACAACAUUUUACAGCUGCCUACGACACUGUGGAGGGGAACAUCGGCCAUCUGAGAAAGGCACCGGCAAAGAACAACCUCUCAGCUUGGAACUCAUAUAACUAUGACCGAGCCACUGAUAUUCAUAUGAUGUGUGUAACACCCACACUUAUGGUAAAUCGAGCGGCCAUAGAACAAUUGACCGAGAGCGAAUCGAUCAGUUUUAAAAAGUACGAAUUACUAUGGCAUUUGGGACGCGAUAAACAACAAACUCGAGGAUUUGAAAAGAUACAAUUUAAAGUCCUGGACACACUGGCACUACCGCCUUACAUGUCAGUAAGAACAUGUGUAACUAAAUGGCUGCAAUCUGCCCUACUAAGGGGUGAUCUUUCACGUUUGGUUAAGCCAUUGUAUAAAAUUCUCCUGGCCUCCAACACAAAACGCGUAGGCAUUGUUCAUUUGCAUUUGUUACGCAAGGGUUCCGACGAAAAUGGGUCUGAUGGAGCGAAAGAUUCACUGCGCAACAGAUCAAAAAAUACGAAUUCAGGCGACGUUGAUAGCUCAGUGGAGGCAGAUGUUUAUGCUGUCAGUUCGGAAUAUGGCAACAUACGGUACAUAACCGAUUCUACGAGUCACAACAAGAAACGUAGCCCCAUUCGUUCCAUUCAAAAAAAGAUAUUCGGUGUUUCUCUGAGUAGUAAAAAUAAAACCUCAAAUUUUGUAAGCGACCAGACACCGACUUCCACAUCACCAAAUGUCAGUGCUUUGGACCCUGCAUCUUUGCCGACUACAACUAUAGGCCUCAUUGUUAAUCCACUGGAGAAUUCAUUAGAUUUUGACGACGAGCAAGAACCGGAAGAACUAAAGAAAAAGGUAAGCAGACCAGCUGAAAGCAUAUCUGUAGAAAAUUCUUAAUCUAAUUUGUAUCUUUAGAUGGCAAUGGACGAUUACGAUCCCGAAGAAUUGGACGAGGAAGAUGACAAUGACGAUCCCUUGUAUGAACAAGAUUACACUGACGAUUCAGAAAGCAGUCUUUAUGAUUCGGAGUCAGAACAAAGGGAAACAAGUGCUGAAAAAGACGACUCCAUAACGGCUCAAAGCUCUGAAUAUGAAAAUAAAACUAGACUGAAACGCUAUGUGGGUCCCAUUGAAAGCGUUACAGAUCUACUGUCUCAACAUGAACGCACCAAAAAUCGCAAAACUUAUCAUCUAACACGCGAGAAGACUCCCGGUGAAACCAGCUUGACCUCCACAACAACCGAAGAACAUGGACCGUUGUCUCUGGAAUUGGAGCAAGACAAUGAAGAAGAGGAAGUCCACCCGGCUGAUGAGUAUUUCGAUAGCAAAAGCGAGGAACGCCAGGUGGAGUCCUUUGUGGAUGAUCUAAUUGAUCAAGUGAAAGACACAUCGAUUAGUUCAAGCAAACGUAAGAAGGGCUCCAAGAAUCAUCUAAAAAAGAAGUUGCGAUCCAAAAAACUGGCGGGUCAAGACAAAAUGGAUAAAAAGCGAAUGAGUUGCAUAUCGAAGAUUUCCACUGACAGUAACAACAGCUUCACCACCGGUGAAAUAGCCAAGGAAAACGAGGACGACGACGAUAAUUCUAGUAAAUUUAUAAACAUUGAAGAAAAGAGGAAAACCCUUAACUUGGAAACAUCAAAAUCCCUAACAAAGGAGUGGGAACUAACACCCGAGACAUUGGAGAAGAGCAAACAGAACUUGGAAAUUUUGAGGCAGUCGGCAUCGUCGCAGUUGCUCAAACACGAUUUAUCUAGCAAACGCUCGUCGACGAAAAGCAGCACUCUCUCAUAUGAUGGAGGAUCGAAACGUCUGCAAACAGAAAAAUUGCUUCCUUUGUUCCAAAACCACAUGCUCAUCUACAUGAAUGUGUACGACACCAAACAAACCCUAUAUGCGUUCCAUACCUUGCGCAAUAUAAUAUCGUGCGAUACGCGCACCUUUCUGUGUCUAUCAAUAACGACUUCUUUAUCGAGUAGUUCUUUAAAACAACUUUUAACCCGUCAUCGUAAAUGUAUCGCUGGAAAAGGUUUUAUGGGCAGCAUUACAACAUCCGAAUUCGCCCAAAGUUAUCGUGGUUGCAUGCAUCUGGAAGUUCUACUGUUGUUGUGUUUGUUUUAUGCACGUGGAUUCUUUCACGUUGAGUCACAUGAUGCAGCCAGCGAGCCUCCUACAAGAUCCGACAUAUUGGGCAACUGUCGAGUGCAAUUGGAAAGUGUAGAAUUGCUGACUUUGAUUUGUACCGAACUAAUCGAGAUUGUCAAGGGUAUGGGCAAGGGUCUGGCGUGCUACUUGGCCGACCUAAUGGCUCGCUGCAAGUUGCAAAAGGUAAUUUUACAUUGCCUCAAUUCGUCUGUUAACACCUAUGGCCACUUUUAUCCCGGUUCCACAAUGGCUGAACAAAUAAUAAACUUCAACAAUCCCCACGACGACAAUCUGCAUGCCGAGGCCUUGCAGAUACAACUCUUACGGUUGCUUAUGGUUGUCAUUAAGCUGGAGUACGAAGUAACUCUUCUGAAAAAUGAUGUGGGCCUGGCAUCGGCAAAUGAUCAAUCAGAAUCUGGAAGUAUAUCUCCGACACGCCUCUCGUCAACGGAAUCUCAACUGACAUCAGUGAAAUAUUUACCCAAUUGUGUGAUUAGCCAGCAGCCGAUGUUUUUAUCGGCUAUCCUGAGCGCCUUACAAGACGAACGACUACAGCCGUUGCAUCACAACUGGACGGAGUUGGUUACCUCGUCGUUGAAUUGCUUUAAAUUUGGUUCGCUCACCAACAUAGUCAUAAGCGUUGUCCAUCAACUGUGCAAUAACAUUGACCAACUAACAAAAAUGAAACUCAGCGAACAGAAGGGUUUACCGCCCGACUACGUUAUUUCACAAUUGGAAGCUAUUACCAUUUUAUGUCAUUACUGCUUGCUGGACAAUACCCAACAGACGACGCUCUCGCAGCUGUUCAAUCAGGCGUACCCCCAAACUAGUUCCAUUGCAUCACAAAAUUCGAAUACUGGUCAAUUGUUCAAUAGCAUUGUGCAUUCCCUAUUGCCUGGAGGCCCCUCUUCGGGAACGUCAGCAGCAAAUCAAACUGACUCGCAGGCUCCGAAGAACUCUCAGCUGCUGGCGGCCCGUAAUGCUGUCCUAUCACAUUUGCCGCGCAUAGUAUCCAGUGUGGCCGCCGUAUGGGAUAGUGACCUGGGUCAAAUCCGACAAAUCAAACAACAAUUAAUGGAAUUCCUAUCUCCUAUUUCGCUGCACCAUGGCUGCAACUUCUUGGCGGCAAUCGCUGUAACCUGGCAGGAAAGAGGAGAGUCUCACCGCAAGAAGUCGGCAAGUGAAUACAAAAAUCUUUCAAUAGCUCAACAGUAUCAAAGACAUUCAGUGCCUCAAGCCUGCAAUGAACAGCUAAGCUUGGUAUCACUGGUCUCCAGUAUACGGGUAAUGCCCAUGGAUUCGUUUGUGCAAACACUACACCAAGUUGUAAAAUCUCCACCGCCCAUACAUCGACCACCGACAAAUCUCAAAAUAGAGGUCAGUGCCUUGGAGUUAUUUUACUUUUAUAUGAAAUCAGCCCCGGCUCCGCAAUUGGGUGACUCGUGGACAUCAUUGUUGGCCCUACUAAGGGAUGGCUUAUCCCUCACACCCCCAGCUCAAUUCACAUUGCUGAUGUUGUUGAACGAGUUUGUGCAGCGCUGCCCCCAAAUGCCAUUCCAGGAUAAGAAGGACAUCCGUGAUUUGCACGAUGUCACCUCUAGACUGGUGGACUCACUAUCAAAUGUGGCUGGCUCCUGUUUAGAACAGACCACCUGGUUACGUCGUAAUUUGGCCGUCAAGGAAGACAUAACUCCUUUGGUAACCGACAAUGACGUGACAUCAAACUCAAGCUCUGGUGGCACAGCGGGCUUGCAGAAGUAUUCGGUGCAAGCCCAGAGUGUAUUGGCAGCAAUUUUAGCUAACCUUCUAGAUGUAGCCUACGGUUCACAGGAGAAGGACAAGGUUGUUUCAAUUGUCACCACUCUGCUAUACAACAUCACACCGUAUCUGAAGAACCACACCGCUCGCAACAUACCUUCGUUCUAUGCUUGCUCCAGUUUAUUGGCAUCCUUGAGUGGUUAUCAAUACACACGCAAGGCAUGGCGCAAAGAUAUGAUGGAUCUUUUGCUAGACCCAGCCUUCUUUCAAAUGGACAUCAGCUGCUUGCCCUUCUGGAAACAGAUAAUGGACAGUCUGAUGACCUACGACAACACCACGUUCCGUGAAUUGAUGAGCCGUGUAUCUCUGACCCAAACCGGCAGUUUGAAUAUAUUCGCUUCAAGGGAGCAAGAGUACGAACAACGGUCCAUGUUGCUAAAACGUUUGGCUUUUGUCAUAUUCUGCAGUGAGUUCGAUCAGUAUCACAAGUAUAUGCCUGAAAUUCAAGAACAAUUGGCCAACAGUUUGCGGUUAUUGGCCAAUGUGCCUUCGGUGCAAGCUGCUGUGUUUUUGUGUUUCCGUGUAUUGUUACUACGGAUGUCGCCUGAUCAUGUCACUUCUUUGUGGCCAAGUAUAAUAGCAGAAAUGGUACAGGUCUUCUUGGCAAUGGAGCAAGAACUUAAGGCCGAUGGAGAUGAUUUAAGGUAAGUACAUUCAAUUUAACUAUACGAAAGUUAUGUAUACCUGGUAUUUUGUAAUUUUAGCCAACAUAUACGCAUGGUGUCUGGAAUGGACGCACCUUGGUCUUCAACCGGUAGCAAUGGGAACACCUCACAGAGCCAAUUGUACCACUGGCGUUCUGUCCAAUUGGAGGCAUCAAAACUAUUAGAAAUGGGUUGUGUACUUCCUGCAACCCUCUUGCCUCACUUCCAGAUGUACCGCUGGGCGUUUGUGGGCACUGAAUUCGAUGUCGCUGAUAAGUCAAUGCCCAAUGGUAUGGUAAAUGAAGAAAACGCCGGGCAGACGGCACUCUAUGUACCGCAUAUAAGACGGAUUGCCCGACUAAUGGAUAUGAAAUACACUGUACAUUCUCCGACUUUGAAUAUAAAACGUGGUCGUCACUUGAUGCUUACCUGCCAACAGAUAUCAACACUGCAGGAUUUGUACAGUUUCUUUUCAACACUCAGUGUAACCUGUCCCAAUCCACAUAAUUAUUCUGAUAUUGACCAUGAAGUAAACAAUUGCCUGCAAGAAAUCGAAGAUAUACUGUCCAAAGAUUUCCUGGAGAAAAUUCCCUCAACUACAACACCAAGGUGAAAGGAUGUACCAAUAGUAGCCCCAAUUAAUGGCAUAGGUGCAGCGCCGGACAC